UCCGCAUCAUCCCGUCUCAGCCCAUGUCGCUGCCUAAGCCCGUGCCUUCGGUCCAGCCCGUCCCUCGUCCCGCUCUGCCCCCCCACACGCCUCACGCCUCCAGCCUGCCCACCUGCCCCGGCCGAGGAAAGAUGGCCAAGCUCCUCAACCCGGAGGAGAUGACGUCCCGGGACUAUUACUUUGACUCCUACGCACACUUUGGUAUCCACGAGGAAAUGCUCAAAGACGAGGUGCGGACGCUGACCUACCGUAACUCCAUGUACCACAACAAGCACAUCUUCAAGGACAAAAUCGUGCUGGACGUCGGCAGCGGCACCGGGAUCCUCGCCAUGUUUGCUGCCAAAGCUGGAGCCAAGCACGUGUACGGAAUUGAAUGUUCCAGUAUAUCAGAAUAUUCGGAGAGGAUCAUCAAGUCCAACCAUCUCGACAGCGUUAUUACCAUUUUCAGAGGAAAGGUGGAGGAGGUGGAGCUGCCUGUGGAGAACGUGGACAUCAUCAUCUCUGAGUGGAUGGGCUACUGUCUUUUCUACGAGUCCAUGCUCAACACGGUCAUCUUCGCCCGGGACAAGUGGCUGAAGCCCGGAGGCCUGAUGUUUCCUGACCGCGCCUCGCUGUACGUCCUCGCCAUCGAAGACCGACAGUAUAAAGACUUUAAAAUCCACUGGUGGGAGAACGUCUACGGCUUUGACAUGACCUGUAUCAGAAACGUGGCCAUAAAGGAGCCGCUCGUGGACGUCGUCGACCCCAAACAAGUGGUGACCACGGCGUGUUUGGUGAAGGAGGUGGACAUUUACACGGUGAAGCCUGAGGACCUGAGCUUCACCUCGUCCUUUUGUCUCCAAGUCCAGAGAAACGACUACGUCCACGCCCUGGUCACGUACUUCAACAUCGAGUUCACCAAGUGUCACAAGAAGACGGGGUUUUCUACAGCUCCAGACGCCUCGUACACUCACUGGAAACAGACGGUGUUUUACCUGGAGGAUUAUCUGACGGUGAGGAGAGGAGAGGAGAUCACAGGGAACAUCUCCAUGAAGCCCAACGACAAGAACAUCCGGGACCUGGACUUCACCUUCGAGCUGGACUUUAAAGGACAGCUGUGCGAAGCCGCCAUAUCACACGACUACAAGAUGCGUUAG